AGCAAGCGGCCUGUCAUGCCUAUUGCCUAGCUGCCAGAUUAACCUUGUCUUGGAAAUAACGUGAUUGCCCCGUAGGCUAUUCAGUGUAAGGAAGACAGAAUUCCUUGGGAACCUACCUAGUGGGUUUACCUUCCACAUUUGGUAGAGGCAAAAAGCAAAGGGGAACAUGGGCAAAGGAAGGUUUGAUGAAAAAGAAAAUGUUUCCAACUGCAUCCAGCUGAAAACAUCUGUUAUUAAGGGUAUUAAGAACCAGUUGAUAGAGCAAUUUCCAGGUAUUGAACCAUGGCUUAAUCAAAUCAUGCCUAAGAAAGAUCCUGUCAAAAUAGUCCGAUGCCAUGAACAUAUAGAAAUCCUUACAGUAAAUGGAGAAUUACUAUUUUUUAGACAAAGAGAAGGACCUUUUUAUCCAACCCUAAGGUUACUUCACAAAUAUCCUUUUAUUCUGCCACACCAGCAGGUUGAUAAAGGAGCCAUCAAAUUUGUACUCAGUGGAGCAAAUAUCAUGUGUCCAGGCUUAACUUCUCCUGGAGCUAAGCUUUAUCCUGCUGCAGUAGAUACCAUUGUUGCAAUCAUGGCAGAAGGAAAACAGCAUGCUCUAUGUGUUGGAGUCAUGAAGAUGUCUGCAGAAGAUAUUGAGAAAGUCAACAAAGGAAUUGGCAUUGAAAAUAUCCAUUAUUUAAAUGAUGGGCUGUGGCAUAUGAAGACAUAUAAGUGAUCCUCAGAAGGAAUGCACUUGGGCUAAAUAUGGAUAUUGUGCUGUAUCUGUGUUUGUGUCUGUGUGUGACAGCAUGAAGACAAUGCCUCUGUGGUUAUGCUGAAUAAAUUCUACAGAUGCUAAAA